GCGACCCAUGGAGAGUGAAAGUAAGUGGCAACUGGGAUUGUGCUUGAUGGGAUAAACACACAACUGUCUAUCUAGUAUGUGUGUGCAGCAUACAUUUGUACAGGUACAUUGCCCCCAGCCUGCUAAUGCAGCUCAUGGAAGGGAUGUCUGAGAAUCCAUAUCUUCUGUGAAUGUGAGGAAAGAAAAGAUUCUCUUGUGUAACUACCAGAAACUCAGCUAAGCUGUUUUGCAACACCCCCUCCCCUUCUAAGUCUGAAAACACUAUCAUCAUCAUCAUCAUCAUCAUCAUCCUAUUUAGCGCUGGGCUACUCAGCUAAAAUUACAAGCAGGAUGAGUUGGCUCUUCCCCUCGUCUAAGAGCCCCAGACCACUUCAGCAACUUACAAGCUUGCAGCAGCAGAAACAGAGGCAGAUUGAGUCCCUUAAAGCUUGCCACAACAGUAUUGCAGAAAUUCAGAAAGAUGUGGAAUACAGGCUGCCUUUUACAGUUAAAAACCUUACCAUCAACAUAAACAUUUUGCUUCCUCCGCAGUUUCCUCAAGAAAAACCUCACAUCAGUGUUUUCCCACCUAUUCACCAUCACCUAGUGGAUAAGCAAGGCAUGAAUGUCAUCUGUCCCCUUGUUAAUAAUUUUACAAUGCACUCUGAUCUUGGUAAAAUAGUUCAGACUUUACUGGAAGAGUUUUGGAAAAAUCCCCCCACACUGGCCCCCAGUUCUGGCUCCUUUCCUUAUUUGUUCAGCAAUCCUACUGGACCACCUCUGUACCCUCAUCCGGGGUUUCCAUAUCUUCCACCAUACCCAGCGCAAGAAUCCAGUAGAUCCGUUCCAGUUUCAGAAACUGUUCCUCCAGCCUACAACUCUGCCAAAGCUGCUGCUCCUACCUAUGGGUUAAUCACAGAUCUUCCCCUACCAGUCCCUACUUCUGAAGUGGGUAUCAAUGGCUUCACCUACAAGAUGCCUGAUCUCCCUGAAACUUUUCCUGAACUCUUAGAACUCAGUGUAUCUCAGCUCUCUGAAAUGUCAGAUCAAGAGGAUGUUCUGUUGGAGCAGUUUGUGAAUCUUCCGCAGUUGAAGCAGGUCAUUUCUGAUAAAGAGGAGUUGGUGCGGAACAUUGAGGAGAUGGCGAAAAGGAAUCUUCAGAUGGAGCCAGUUCUGGAAGUAAAACGACAAGCAAUACUUGACAAAUAUGAGCAGCUGAUGCAGCUGAAGUUGUCGUUUGAGAAGAAGUUGCAAAGACAACAUGAGUUAAGUGAGAGCUGCAGUCUGAGUGCUUUGCAGGCAAGGUUAAAGGUUGCAGCACAUGAAGCCGAGGAGGAGUCUGACAAGAUUGCAGAUGAAUUCCUUGAGGGAAAAAUAGAAAUUGAUGAAUUCCUUGUUAACUUCAUGGACAAAAGAACGUGUUGCCACAGUAGAAGAGCCAAAGAAGAAAAGCUUCAGCAAGCAAUAUCACUGCACAGCCAAUACCAUGCACCGUUAUAGAUAGUUCUGCAGAUGAUGGACAAAGUGAAAAAACUGGGGCAACAGAAGCACAUUUUGUAUUUAUAAAUGGAAAAAAAGUGGGAAGACUGUAAUGUUUGAUCGUUAUAUUCAUGUUCAUUCAACUGGUCACCCAAAAAAACUGCUUACACGUUAAUAUUAAUAAGUGUUAAUUAUGAAUAUAAUUUAUUUCCUGUUAUACUGAAAUGGUUUCUUGCAUUGACAAAUAUUAAAUAAUCCAUUUAACACAAA